GAUGUUUCAUGCGUGAAUAAAAGCCAACGAGACUUCCGCUAGGCCUUCUUCCUAUUCAAACAAUCACCAAAUGGCGGACGACGCCGGUGGUAGAGGAGGUUUUCGCGGAGGUUUCGGCCCAGGCGGCCGGGGUCGGGGCCGUGGACGCGGCAGAGGCCGUGGCAGAGGCCGCGGUGCCCGGGGAGGCAAGUCCGAGGACAAGGAAUGGGUCCCUGUAACCAAGCUGGGCCGCCUGGUUAAGGACGUGAAGAUCAAGUCCCUGGAGGAGAUCUAUCUCUACUCUCUGCCUAUCAAGGAGUCUGAAAUCAUUGACUUCUUCCUGGGUUCUUCUCUGAAAGAUGAGGUUUUGAAGAUCAUGCCUGUCCAGAAGCAGACCAGGGCUGGUCAGCGCACCAGAUUCAAGGCAUUUGUUGCCAUUGGCGACUACAACGGCCACGUUGGUCUGGGAGUGAAAUGCUCCAAGGAGGUGGCCACUGCCAUCCGUGGCGCCAUCAUUUUGGCCAAGCUGUCCAUCGUCCCUGUCAGGAGAGGUUACUGGGGUAACAAGAUCGGCAAGCCCCACACCGUACCCUGCAAGGUGACCGGUCACUGCGGGUCGGUCCUGGUGCGCCUCAUCCCUGCACCCCGUGGUACCGGCAUCGUGUCUGCGCCUGUGCCCAAGAAGCUGCUCAUGAUGGCUGGUAUUGACGACUGCUACACCUCUGCAAGAGGCUGCACCGCCACGCUUGGCAACUUUGCCAAGGCCACCUUUGAUGCCAUCUCCAAGACUUACAGUUACCUGACCCCUGAUCUCUGGAAGGAGACCAUUUUCACCAAGUCUCCCUACCAGGAGUACACUGACCAUCUGGCCAAGACGCACACCAGAGUGUCCGUGCAGAGAGGCCAGGCUGUCCAGGCAACACCCACCUAAACUUUUUGUACGGUGGAACUGUUGAAAUAAACGUUCUGGGAGUAAAA